AUGGCGAUCCCUACCCUUUCUAGUUCUCCCAUCCCAAGCUUGACCGAAGUUCUGGAGCGAAUUGGGCUGACCCAGUACGCUCAAGUCCUAUCCGACAAUGGGUUCCACAGCUGGGAGAGUGUGGUAGACAUUACAGAGGAUGAUCUCACAACGCUCGAGUUCAAGCUUGGCCACAGGAGAUUACUACAGCGCGAGAUAGCCACCUUUCGUGGGAUCCCUCACUCAUUAUCGCUGGAGCCAGAUUUGAAUUUACCGGAACCCACCUCCUUAUCGACCUCCGCUUUGGAAAGCUUCACGAGGCAGACAACUACCCCUCCACCGAGAGAGAAGAGGAGGUACAGGCGGCAUCCUCGGGCAGACUCAAACGCGCCAAAAAAGCCAAAAACAGCCUAUGUUAACUUCGCUGACCAGCUCCGCACUGACCCUGAGGUCAGCCAACUGUCCUUUGUGGAUAUAGCGCGAGAGGUCGGUCGAAGAUGGCAAGAGCUCCCUGCAGAGAGAAAGCGGAUAUGGGAGAGCAAUGCCGCUCGAGCUAUGCAAGAGUUCGAAGCCCAGAUGGACGAGUACAAGAAGACGGAUAACUGGCGGAAGUAUCAAAUCUACUUGAACGAGUUCAGGACGCAGCAAACAACCUCGAUCUCCGGCAAACAACGACCAGGGAACAGUCGCUCAACAACAGACACUUCUAACAACACCAGACAAUAUUCAUGUGCUAGUCCAAGCUCUUCAGACAGUCCGUUGUCCCUCCAAUCCUCCAAUGUAUCGGCCGCGCCGGAAGCCGAAGCAUGUCAUAAUGCUUUGACACUGGCGUUCAGUGAGCUAGUCGCCCUGCGGGGCGAGAUACUCAACGGAGGUGGCUUCCAGCAGUUCAGUCAAGGGUUUCUUCCGCCUGAAGACCGUGUUCGGCGGUCCAUGUACGCGUUCGUACGAGGAACCGGAUCGCUUCUCUUCAUGUGGACGUACGAACAGGUCAAUGAGAUACUUGACCGCAUCUACAGGCCUCAAGAGAAGGUGGAUGACAUGACGCUUGCUGAGUGUUUUACCGUGGCUGCUAUGGGCGCGCAUUACGAUAUCGAUGCUUUUCCCGAUCGGAUGCGACGACUUCUCUAUGCGUCUGGCACCAUCCAUUUCAAUGAACAAACUGCGAGACGAGACUAUUUCCGUACGAUGCGACUAUUACUUUCGCUUUCGUUCUAUUCAAUACUCGAGAAACACAUGAGCGCCAAGUAUCUGAUUGCUGCAGGGUUGCAGAUCGCCCGUUCGAAGUGUCCAACCGUGCAAACUUCGUCUCGCUUACCUCUGGACGAGAACUGGAGGAAGGUUUUCCGCAGCCUCGUUUUUAUGGAUUCUUGGCUCUCCUACACGCUUGGUUAUCCCUCCGAAGUAACAGCAAAUGACACUCAGGUCACCUGCGUUGUAUACCGUCCAGAUCAAGUCUCCAUCGAUGAGCUCAUACACAUGCAGACUAGCAAGAUCAACUUGAUCGCCGCGGAGGUCGCAAAGACAUUAGCAUCUCCUGAGCUGGCUACUAAGGGAAACAUCACCAUGCUUACCAUGAAGUUGGAGAAGUGGCGCGAAGAGGUUCCUCAUGCGUUACAGAUUCCCACACUUCUGUCGAGCGAAGCUCAAGACUUGACAAUCUUCCAGAGGCGCGCGGUCUUCAUGGUACACAUCAUGUAUCUUGGUGCGCUGGUCUUGCUAUAUCGUCAGCUGCUGGUGGCCUCGGCUGAAGCCCAGCUUAUCGACGGCACAACGUCUUCUCUGAACAACAUAUCUGUUGAGGACGUCAAGAUGUAUCGACAGGAGUGUGCGAUGGCGGCCCAAAAUAUCGUUCGCAUAUUAGGACUGAUCUCCUUUGACGGCACACUGACUAAGCGUUGUUGGAUUAUCAUAUAUUGGUCCUUCUCGGCCGCCGUCUGCCUCCUGUUCAGUGCAACCACCAAACUCAUGGAUGGCCAGGUUGACGGCGUCGAGGCAGAUCUCGCGUACGCCAAAUCGUGCAUGGACAUGCUUGAGCCCUGCAAGCCAUGCGAACCUGUCGCGGCCCGGUAUCUAAACACCCUGUGGCCGCUGUAUGAUCACUUGCAGGACGUUCAUCGUCGGACGGUCGGCAGGUCGAAGAGCAGCAUCUUUGCUAUCCUUCAGCCCGACCCGAGCCUUUUGAGCCCGCCAGUACCAGUAUCGAAGCAAGAGAUGGGACCGAUUUCCGAGAAGCUUACGAUGCUUCUUACGGACCCCUUCGGGCGAAAGCAGGCUGCCGACAGUACCCAAGGGCGCAUCCUUAGUAGCGAUGGAUCGUGCUCAGUUUUCUGGUUCAGGUGA